CCGAUAUGGGACACAAUGCGAAAUACGUGACCAAUCUUUCUGCACGUCGCGACAUUCGACGUCGAUAAGAACUUUACUUCAUCGAUUUUCCCGCUUCACACUCUACUAUUCUCUCUAUAAAUAUCCUGGCUUUUGGGAAGAAUCUAAAACAAUUCACAUUCUAUUCUACGAAUUUCAAUGGCAGAAGUGAGGAACAAGCAAGUGGUUCUAAGGGACUAUGUGGUUGGUUUUCCCAAGGAAUCCGACAUGAACACUGUCGAAGGAAGAAUAACAUUGAAGGUUCCAGAAGGUUCCAGUGAUGUGCUUCUCAAAAAUCUCUACCUCUCUUGUGACCCUUACAUGAGAGUCUUGAUGAGCAAGAUAGACCAUGAGGGAUUUGGGUGCUACACACCUGGCUCUCCAUUAGCAGGGUUGGGAGUGUCAAAAGUCCUAGAAUCUGGACACCCAGAUUACAAGAAAGGUGAUUUAGUUUGGGGAAUGACGGUGGAUCUUUUGAAGAAUAAACUUGGAUUUGAUGGAGCUUUUAACUACAAAGAAGAGUCAGACCUCGAUGCAACUUUGAAAAGAUACUUUCCAGAAGGCAUUGAUAUUUACUUUGAGAAUGUUGGAGGCAAGACACUUGAUGCAGUACUCCUUAACAUGAGAUUCCAUAGUCGCAUACCUGUUUGUGGAAUGAUCUCACAGUACAAUCUUGCUCAACAUGAAGGUGUAACAAAUUUGGCAAAUCUCAUAUUUAAGAGGAUUAAAAUGGAAGGGUUUAUUGUAAAUGAUUUCUACCAUUCAUAUUCCAAAUUCUUGGAGUUUGUUUUGCCUCAUAUUAGAGAAGGGAAGGUUGUGUAUGUGGAAGACAUUGCUGAGGGUCUUGAGAAUGGCCCUGCAGCCUUGGUUGGUCUCUACACUGGUCGGAAUGUUGGUAAGCAAGUGGUUGUUGUUGCUCGUGAUUGAAUGCAGAUGUUUUUUUUUGGACAUUGCUGAGUUUUUCUUAAGUUUUGAUGAAUACUAAGCCUCUUUGUAUCUGAAUUUUUCUUUAAGUUCUGUUGAAUAUUAAGCCUCUUUGUAUGACUUUAGCGGUCAUUUUGAAUUGUAGUAUCUAUAAUAGCAGUUAGUAAAUGUGUGUUGAAAUGUAAUUUUCUCAAUUGAUAUAACUCUCAA